UGCUCUGAUCCUUGGCCUAGGCCUGUUCCAGUGUGUGUCCGGCGCCGGCCUCAGCUCCCAGGUAACCCCGUCUCAGGCCGCCGCUCCUAUGCAGUACGUGCCGCCACAGAGUGCGCUCCCCCACCCCACUCAGUUCAUCCCCCCUCACUUCGGCUACGUGAUCCUGGUGUUCAUUUACAGCUGGGUCAUGCUGGCUUACCUGGGAGCCAAAGUAGGCAUCGCCAGGAAGAAAUACAACGUCAAGUAUCCAAACAUGUACAGUGAUAAAGAUCUGAUAUUCAACUGCAUCCAACGAGCACAUCAAAACACAUUGGAGAUAUAUCCUCAAUGGCUGAUCUUCCAACUGAUAGCUGGAGCUGUCUAUCCGAUCACUGCUUCUGUGCUUGGUGUCAUUUGGGUAACCAGUCGAUUUACUUAUGCAUGGGGAUAUUACACAGGGGUGCCAGAGAAAAGAAAGACUGGGUCCUACGGAUACAUUGGCCUUCUGGGAGUUAUUUUCCUCUCCAUAGUCAUUGCUUUUAAAACCCUCGUUUCAUAGUGAUAAACCUUCUCCACUACAAUGGGUUGAGGAAAAUUUUUAAAAAAACUGGUUGUCCAGUGGUACUUGUCAGCUAUUGUACAUAUCCAGCCAUUUUGAGAUGAACACCAUCUUAGAACUUCCUGCUACUUGUUUAUCAACACAUUUAAGUAUUACCAACCUGUGGUAGAGUUUUCUUCCAGAUAUGUUAAGCAUUACAGUUUGAAUAGGUUUGUAGUACAAGCCUAUUUUUUCUAUUAUAUUUAAUAAAAUGGCACACUGGGAAACAAGAUUAAAUUCCAAAUUUAAUUUUUAUAAAUUGUUAAGCAGAAGAAGCAACAGUCAUUUGCCUAAACUUGAAUUCCUUUUUACUUUAGCUAAAGGCUAUGUAAUUCCUGUUAAAGUGAAUAUGUAAUAUUGAACUAAGUUUAGCAUUUUUCAUCUUUCAAGAUGGUCACUAACUCAAGUUAUUUCAAAAUUUUAAUCCAAGAGCCUCAGUUUAUAUUAUGGUUUAAACAUAAAUCAUCUGGAAGAUCACAAGUAAAAAAUGAUAAAGUGUACAGAACAUAUGAAAGAAAGCCAGGUUAUACUUCAGCUGAUUAAAAAAAGUAUAGAGCAUUGAAAGAGAAAGCUAGAAACACUACGUGUUUGCGUUUUAUUUAAGGAAAUAAAUUUUCAGCACCAUUAAAAGUUAUCCAUUUUAAACUUUAUUCAGAUCAAAUAAUGAAAUGGCUUGAAAUAUAAUUUUGUCUUAAACUGUGUGUACCUUGUUGUAACCAUUUAUCAGGAUCCAACUAUAGUCAAUGAUUUCCUCAAAAGUGCAUUUUUUCAUGUACAAAUCUUGAUGUGGCUGUUUCACAUUUAAUUUCUAAAUAAAUGUAAAUUUUAAAACCAA